CAAGUAAAUUCUGUUAUAUAAAGCCUACUUGACCACGACAAGGAAUAUCAAUCACUUACCAGAAUUCCAUUAAACGAGAUCAACAUGUUCAGCAAAAUCGUCGUAUUCGGAGCAAUUUUUGCUGCUGUCAACGCUGGUUACUACCACGGCCCGGCUACGUCAUCUCAAAGUAUUGUUCGUCACGAUGAAGCACUCACUCUAGGACAUGUCGCUGUACCAGUCUACGACGCCGUCCCACUGUCUCCCGCGGUUCACUAUCCUGCCCCUAUACCAUACGCUGGACAGUAUAGCGGUCUAUACGGUAGCCACGAUUCUUAUGCUUACCCCAAAUACGACUUCGCAUACUCAGUAGCAGACCCUCACACCGGUGAUCACAAGUCACAGCAUGAGAGUCGCGACGGUGAUGCCGUCCAUGGCUACUACUCCUUGUUACAGCCUGAUGGUUCCGUACGUAAAGUGGAAUACUCUGCUGACGAUCACAAUGGUUUCAAUGCCGUUGUCCACAAUUCAGCACCUUCAAUCCACCCUGAAGCUAUCUACGAUCACUAUUGAUGUUAAUUAUUUGUAAUCCUAACAUUCGUUAACAAUGAAAAUUAAUAAAUUAAGCUUAAAUAUAAAGGUUUAAUAAAAGUUCGUUCAAAAACCU